AUUCGAUCAAUCGUGUCAGAAAGCGUAGAACGAUCUGCCGCUGAAAUAGCAACGAACGCCGCCCGGGCUGCUGUCCAAGCUAUGACUUCGUCGACCGCACAAAGCCAUCCAGCCGUUCUAACAGAAAUCCCGAGUGCUUCCUCCGAUGUUCUUCGUAGUCAACCGUGCGCAGUUCCAGGUGUUAGUACACUUGAUCUAACACAGUUUGCUCAAGCGGAACCAGCCACCCCGUAUGGACAGGGCGCGCAUGAUAUCCCAGCUUCCUACGUGAAACAGUUUCAGUCUGGUGAGUUUUUGACUUAUCAAAACUUUUACCCAUUAGCUUGCCCACUGCCGCCGAUGACGGUUCAGUCGUCUUUACGUUUAAAAAGUCGUCUCCAGGAACUCAAAAAAUCACUAGCAUCGAACAAUGGACGACUGCGUUUACCAGUUAUAUGAGCGCCCUUACGCACAAGUUUCCCACCAGAUCUCGAGAUUUACUCCAGUGUCUGUCACUGAUUCGUCACGCAGCACAAACACACCGAGGGCUUGGGUGGUGCGUCUACGAUCACAAAUUUCGUUUGGCCUUUUUGGAUUUCUUCGUCUAGACGAACUGACAUGUAACACUAAAUUCUACUCCGAUGUCCAUCUCAUGCUUGACAACCUUUAUUUUGCUCCAGGGGUGGGUCAAGGCAACCCCGAAUUCAUGACAGUGGAAAUCAAAGUCUCCAAAACAGACCCAUUCCGUUUGGGUCAAACAAUCAAAGUUCGCGCAUCCAACUCGCCCCUAUGUCCUGUUUUGGCAAUGAAGAAGUACCUCUUGGUUAGAAAAAUAACGGGUGGUCCACUCUUUGUUCAUGUUUUUGGAAAACCUCUUACCAAACAAACUUUAACGGCUGAGACUCGGAUUUUAUUAAAUUAA